CGCCCGGAAAGCGCUCCGCCGCGGCCAGGCGGGACCGGGGCCGGGCGCGCAGCUUGGGCUCCGGCGGAGCGGAAGACGCGUGGAGCUGUGUGAGGACCCGCGGGCUGUGCAGAAUCUAACCUGCAAACCAUCUGAAAUUGUGUGCAGAAUACUGCAUCUGUAAGUGCAUUUACUAGAGAGAAGGUCAAAGACUCUCAUGCAGUCUUAAAAGGAUCUGAGCCUCAAGAAAAGUGCAUCUACAAUAUGUGUUUUAGAAAUAAAAGUUAAACUUUGAUUUGAAUGAAAAAUGUCUCUCAGUACACCUAUAUUUCUCAAAGAAAGGGAAGAAGAUAAUUCAAAAUUUGUGGAAAUACAGCAGUCACAAACUACAUGCAUAGCUGCAGAAGAUCCUCUUCAAAACUUAUGCUUAGCAUCUCAAGAAGUUCUCAAAAAAGCUCAGCAAAAUGGAAGAUCAAAAUGUCUGAAGUGUGGUGGUUCAAGAAUGUUCUACUGCUAUACAUGUUACGUCCCAGUUGAGAAUGUACCUGUUGAACAGAUACCACAUGUGAAGCUACCAUUGAAGAUUGACAUCAUUAAACAUCCAAAUGAAACAGAUGGCAAAAGCACCGCUGUACAUGCAAAACUCUUAGCACCUGAAUUUGUAAAUAUUUAUACAUAUCCGUGUAUUCCAGAAUAUGAAGAAAAGGACCAUGAAGUUGCACUUGUAUUUCCUGGACCGAAGUCUGUUUCAGUAAAAGAUAUUUCUUUUCAUCUGCAAAAAAAGAGUCAAAAUAGCAUUAGAGGCAAAAAUGAUGACCUUGAUAAGCCAUCCAUUAAACGCAAGAAAACUGAAGAACAGAAUUUGAAUGACAGCAAAUGCAAAGCCACAACACUGAAAAAAAUUGUGUUCAUAGACAGCACCUGGAACCAAACAAACAAAAUAUUCACUGAUGAGAGACUUCAAGGGUUGCUACAAGUUGAGUUGAAAACAAGAAAAACUUGCUUUUGGCGCCAUCAAAAAGGAAAGCCAGAUACCUUCCUUUCCACGAUUGAAGCCAUUUACUACUUUCUGGUAGACUAUCAUACUGAUAUAUUAAAAGAGAAAUACAAAGGACAAUAUGAUAAUCUUUUAUUUUUCUACUCUUUUAUGCACCAGUUGAUAAAGAAUGCCAAGUGCCCUGGAGACAAGGAAACAAGAAAACUUACCCAUUAGUUUUUUAAAAGUUACUCAUGUAAUUUUAUUUUGCUAAAAUCAAUAAAAUUAUAAUUGUGCUUUGUUUA